GACUCACCCUCGCUCACUUGCAUCUCGUCCUGGAUCUAAAGGUCGCCGACGACACACGACUCUGCCUAGCAUCCUCCCCACCACAAUCACCACCACCUCAUCUCGACGACUCGGACCGUCCGGCCCGCGACCACUGUACCGCCACUGUCCUUCCAUCAAAUCAUAGACACACGCUCUCGAGUUCCAGAGGACGGCCCACCUCGCCGUUCGCCAUUGACGUCACGAGGUCUCGCGGGCGGAGCACCGGGACGGCUCAUUAUUCGAUCCUCACCACUCAUCAUCCGCCAAGUAGCUAGUCAGGAACGACAAAACCCACGCCAAUCGACCCUUUCAGGCAAGCCAAGCCUCCAUCUCGACGCAGCUCUUAAGUCUCUCUGCCUCAACUACCUUGCUCGUCUCGAGCUUCGAUCCUCGCCGCUCUCCACAACCAGCUUCUUGCCCCGUCAAGUCUCAUCUGCCUCUCCUGCUGCUUGCAAGGAGGGUGAUCCGGCAGCCGCGAAUGCUCAAGGGCGUUGCAUCCACGUAUACCUGGAGCCAGUCUGAUCUCGAAGACUUGGGCCCACCAUCCAGCUCCACUAGAGCUCAAAAGCCAGAUGCUUCUCAAGUACCCUCGUCGUCUGCACACCAGCAGUCCCUCUCCAUCUCACUAGACUUUCUUAAGCACGGAGGAGACGAAUCCGACAGCCAUCAGGCACGCAAAGAGACUCAUCGAGCUGUCGCGCCACCAUCGCCAUCUGCAGCCUGGCAAGCGUCGCCUAGACCGACGUCCCUCUCCCGCCACCUGUCGAACAAGGCGAUCAACCAGCAGCAAUCAGUGCCAGGUAGCAUUCCCAUUGGAGGCGGCUACUCUCCUUCAUCUAACCAGCACUCAGCUGGUAGCCCCUUCUCGAGCGGUCACAGCGACGCUCACUCGCCUUGGGCAGUCGGCGGCGAGCACAGCCAGAGCUGGUAUCGACGUACAUCCAAUCUAGUAGAAGCUUCAGACCCAGUCGUCCUCUCCAGCUCGCAGAGGAGCAACCGCGAUCGAUCCCUUUCUCGUGGCUCAGCUUGGCAUCAAGAAGGUAGUACGAACGGCAACAGCAACGGCAUCCCAGCCUUUGGGACCUCACCCCACUCGGUAGACGCAGACUCCAAGUCAGUCAGCGGCUUCCCUGGUUCAGUCGACAGCCCAGCUUCAGACUCCUCCCACAAGUUCUGGCCUCCCGACGUCCGCAGAGGCCAUUUGGCUCCAGCCCUUCUGCGGUCACAGAGCAGCAACGCUACCAGUAGUAACGGCUCUUUACGCGGUAUGGCUGCCAGCCCCAAUCUGGGCUUCGUCCCCUGGGCACUCAAUGCCCCAGACCCGAUCACCCGACAGUCAACGGACGGCUCGUCGGGUCGCUCAGCAUCGCAACAGAAUCGCCGCGGGCCGAGCCCAUCGCGGAGUGACGCUAGAGACUACACAUCGUCGCCUCGUGUUCUCGAGACCAUGCCGGAGGGUAUCGAACACCACGCCAUCUCGUCGCUCGGCAUUGGAGAGCAGAACCAGCAGAGCUAUCAUCCCGCUCGCUUGCGUCAGCGCUCUUCAUCCAGCGCGGCAGCCUACGGCGACCCUCACGACCACGCUCUAGCGCAGCACCAGUACCAGCCGCAGAUCAGCCCGCGCGUCGGUGACGGACAUAGGGAGCUCAGCAGCAGUGGGGGCGCUGGUGGUGGCGGAGUUGGUCACUCCUGGGAGGAUGGAGGAGGGGAGACAGCGCGUCAGAGCCCUGUAGAGCGAAGGUCUGCUCUGGCAGGAUACGGAGACCAUCCUGCUACGUACCAGGACAGGCAUGGUCCUUCCUUUUUUGGCAGCGAAUCGCGCAGGCACUCAUUCAGCACACCAGCAGACUCGGCCCUUGGGGCCGGCGCCAUGGGGUACGGCCCUGCGGCCAGCCGACGUGCGGUGGGCUUCGAGCCUGUCGCCGAGUCUAGUGGACCUACUAGAAGCGCCUCUCUGGAUCGCGGAGGUCUAGCAUAUCUGGAGUCAGAGACGCCGCGCGCACCAGACCGUGCUGGGAAUCAGGGUUUCUCAGAGGACGACCUCACGACCGACCUUGGCCAGCUGAACGCUGAGCUUGACAAGAUCUCGGCAGAACAGCAAGAGUUUGAUGCUCGAGCCGCGCGAGGCGCGACUGCAGGUGGUGCCGGCAUUGGCAUCGGCAUGCGCGUCCCAUCCUCUCAAGCAGCUGCUACUGGGGUUCAUGCUUCGUCGAUGCCUCCCCUCUUCGGUCAGCAGUACGGCUCGCCUCCCGACUGGGCUUCGGUCAUCUCUGACGAGGCCAACGGUGUCGGGAGUGGAAAUGGAUUCGGUCUUUCGCCAAAUGCAAAGGCUUUCGCGGUAGGAGGAGGCGGACCGGGAAGUGCUUGGGCGAAUCAGCAGCACCACCACCACCACCACCAGCAGCAGAGCAUUCCCUUCGGUGCCUACCCCCAGCCAACGUCCCCUUUCCCACAUAUCAACCACCAGCAACAGUCGCAUCACGUCGCGCAGCCUCACCCUUAUGGAGGGCAGCAGCCGCCGCAGCUUAGCAUGGCCCCACCACCGCCAUCUGGCAUGCUCAAUGAAUGGGCUCUUCACUCUCUUGCCACCCUCGCCCCCUCGGCAGGCGGCGGAGCUGCAGCACCGGGUACGCCAGGCUUUGCCCCUCCUCCAGGCUCAAGCAACGCGGGCCCCUCCACCUUACAGGACCUCGGAAGGGGCGUGCCCCUGUCCAAUCUGCCACUCGAUACCCGUCUAUACAUUGUCGGCUUCAAGCAGGGGAGGACAGACCUAUUUUUCAAGCCUCUGGAGGCGAUGCGCGCUGAUGGGGAGGUGAUCCGCAGGGACGACCUGGUAAUCGUGGAGGCGGACAGGGGUAAGGACGUGGGACGCGUGCUCAACGAUGCGCUCACAGUGGAGUCUGUGAGGAAUUUCAUUGCGGUGCAAGCCAAUGAAGCGGCUGGUGCGAGCGCGCCUAGCAGUGGUGGACCAAGCACGCCAGGACUACCAGGAGCCGCAUCCGCUGGUACCAACCUCACCAACGGCCCUGCGCCAUCCGCCGCUUCGUCUCUGGGCAGUCGUGCAGCCAUCGCCGCACGUUCCAUCAACCCUAAGCGCCUCUACUCCAAGGCCUCUCCGAGCGACACCUCUCUACUCGCCUCCAAAGCCGCUGACGAAGAAAGAGCGCUGGCCAUGUGUAUUGCCAAAGUCUCAGCCCGCAACCUCCCCAUGCGCGUUCUCGCCGCCGAGCUGCAGUGGGAUCGUCGCAAGCUGACCUUCUACUACACGGCGGCGAGCAGGGUGGACUUUAGAGCGCUGGUGGCGGACCUGUUCAAGAUUUGGAAGCUGAGGGUCUGGAUGUUUGACGUGGGCAAUCGGAGGGAUCAGAGGGAUUGGUUGAAUCUGGGAGGGGGCCCUCAGAUGCCAGGACAGGGCAUGGGGAUGAUGCAGCAACAAUCUUAUCAGACUGGGAUGGGGAUGGACGGUGGCGGUGGCCAGCCGAGACAGGUGCCAGACUGGGGUGUACCGCUCGAAGGUACUGCGGGCUCGUCGGCAGGGCGUGUUCGGUAG